AUGUCGCCGCCGCCCUCAGCGGCCAACGCCCAGCUGCGACAGCUCAUACAUUAUCACCUCGACAACGGCUUUGUCGAGAACGCGCUCUUCCUCGCCGGCCGUCUCCACGCCCUCGACACCCGCAACGCCGACGCCGCGCACCUGCUAGCCCUCUGCAACCUUCGCCUGGGCCGAUACAAAGCUGCGUUCGAGCACUCCAAGACCAAGGCAGCGCAGGCGCAACAUCUGGGCUGUGUCUACGUGUUUGCGCAAGCAUGUCUGGGCUUGGAGCGCUUCGAGCUAGGCGCUACAGCGCUUGAGAAAGCCAGAGGACUGUGGCACGGGCGAAACCACUGGAACAAGCACUCGGAUACCUCAAGACGGCACGUGCCUGACGCCGCAGCGUGCUUUUGCCUGCUUGGGAAGCUCUGGACAGCCCACGGCGACACCAAGAAGGCUAUCGAGUACUACGUGGACUCGCUGAAGCUCAACUCGUUCAUGUGGGACGCCUUCACUGGUCUAUGCGACAUCGGCGCCGUUGUUCGACCCCAGAACAUCUUCAACACCACCCCGGCCAUGCUCGAAUCGAUAUCGCAGAUUGCGCAGAACAGUCAUGCAGCACAGAUCUCAUUACCGCAAGAUCUCUCGGACUGCAACAACCCCUUUGUGUCGAAACCUGAUGACGAUCCAUUCAACCCACCAACGCGCUCGCGCGGAGACGUAGCACUCAGCAUGGGGGGCACAGAUCUGCUUUCGAAACUGAACGGCAGGAACACAGUCCCGAACGGGCGAACUCACAACGUCGAAACCCCUGUGGCUAAUGGCCAGGAUCCUGACGACGAUGAUUUGAUGAUGGGUGAGGGCGGAGGCCCAGUUAUGACAGAGCACCCGCCUAAGAUGCGGCCCAUAACCUCGAGAGCGCGAACGAAGACGAACCCUUCGGACGGCGAGCAGACAGACAUACCACGACCAGUGAACCAGAACGGGCAUAAGAGGACUGUUUCCGGCCACUCUACGCAUACGCAACAUACGCAAGCUUCACAACAACACGCGGUCGACCCUACAGCUGCCCCGCCGCGUAGAAGCGCCCGACUAUUCAACUCGAUUGCUUCGAUAGGAUCUACACGCACUACAAGCCGGCCACCAGCUGCUGCCCCGAGCAGGGAUCUUGAUACAAGAGAACGGCGAGAGUUGCGGAGGGUCAAGGCUACGGGAACAAAGGGAAGGACAGCAACCACCUCGACCGUGGGACGAGUUGUUAGCGGCAACCGAAAGCCUACUAUCGAUGCUACAGAGUCAUCGGAGCCCAAGCCUAGGCCUCUGAGCGCAGCUGCGAUAGCACCGCUGCCUCCGCUCAGGAUGGCUCCUCCGACAGAGACUGGUCGGGAGGAAGAAGCAUUGAGGUGGCUUUUGGACCUGUUGUACAAGAUUGGGUCCGGCUACAGGUUCCUGAGUCGCUUCGAGUCUGUGCAAGCACUUCAAGCAUUUGCAUCGGUACCGAUAGCGCAGCGCGAGACGCCGUGGGUGCUUGCCCACAUUGGAAAAGCACACUAUGAACGCGCACAGUACGCCGAGGCGGAGAAAGUUUUCAAGAAGAUUCGUGAGAAGGCGCCUUCAUGGCUUGACCAUAUGGAGGUGUACUCCAACACAUUGUGGCAGCUGAAAGACGAGGUCGCUCUGGGCCACCUGGCGCAUACACUGAUCGAUCAGGACCGCCUUUCACCGCAGGCGUGGUGUGCUCUCGGCAAUGCGUCGUCUCUCGAGCGACAACAUGACGAUGCAGUCAAGUGUUUCCAGCGAGCAACGCAGCUGGAUCCUAAGUUUGCUUACGCAUUCACCCUGCAAGGUCACGAGCACGUAGCCAACGAAGAGUACGACAAGGCUAUGACCGCAUACCGGUACGCGAUCGCUGCCGACAAUAGGCACUACAACGGCUGGUAUGGUCUCGGAAAUGUUUACGAGCGAAUGGGCAAGUUCGAUGUUGCUGAGAAGCACUACAAGGCUGCGACUCAAAUCAAUCCUAGCAACGCUAUGAUCAUUGUUAGGAUUGGAAUGGUUCUCGACAAGAUGAAGAGGAGCGACGUCGCCCUGCUACACUUCCAAACCGCCGUCAACCUCGACCCACGAUCCAUCAUGGCCCGCUUCCGCAAGGCGCAAACGUUACUCAAGCUGGGCCGCUCCAGGGAGUCUCUUGACGAGCUACUAUGCCUCAAGGACCUCGCGCCUGACGACCCGAACAUCCACUUCCUCCUCGGCCGCUGCUACAAGAAACAAAGAGAUCGUGCGAACGCUAUAAGACAUCUGACAGUUGCGAUGAACCUGGACCCGAAGUCCCAUGGGGUUAUCAAGGAGGUCAUGGAAUCCAUCGACCAGGAUGACGAUGGUGGUUGGAGCAGUGACGAGGAUAGGUGA